GCAGUUCCCUUCGGGCAGAGCUAAAACUACUCCUCCCGGCAUGCCUUUCUCUUACGUAACGAUGACGCAGAUUGGAGGCGGAAGUCAGCUGUGCUGAGGUUCGAGGUCCGGGGGAGAGAAGGACCGGGAGCUGCGAGUGAAAAUUCUCCGCUCCGACAUGUUUGCACCCGGCGGGUCCGGUGGCUCCUCCAUGCCAAGAAGAAGGGGUCAUGGAGCUCACACUCUCCCUAAACAGCCCGAGAGGAGCCUCGCAUCAGCACUGCCCGGUGCACUCUCUAUCACAGCCCUCUGCACUGCACUAGCAGAACCUGCCUGGCUCCACAUUCAUGGGGGGACCUGUAUGCGCCAAGAACUUGGUGUGGGAGACGUUUUAGGGGCCGAAGACCCUAAACUAUUGAGUGAGUUCUGCAUGAACCGUCAGACCAUCCUCCUCCUCCGAGUUAUUGCCGGCUUCUGCUUUCUGGGCAUUGCUUGCAGCAUGACGGCAUUCCUUUUGGAUGUGUUUGGACCCAAGCACCCAGCACUGAAAAUUACAAGACGCUAUGCGUUUGCCCACAUCCUCACAGUUCUGCAGUGCGCAACAGUGAUUGGAUUCUGCUACUGGGCCUCGGAGCUUAUUCUUGCCCUACAGCAGCAGCACAAGAAAUACCACGGCUCCCAAGUUUACGUUACUUUUGCAGUCAGUUUCUACCUGGUGGCAGGGGCUGGUGGAGCAUCAAUCCUCGCCACCGCCGCCAACCUUCUCCGCCAUUACCCUACAGAAGAAGAGGAGCAGGCUUUGGAGUUGCUUUCAGAGAUGGAGACUGAGUCCUACCCAGCCGAGUAUGAUGUCAUGAACCCGUUCCAGCCACCGCCGGCUUAUACUCCAUGAAAGCAGGGGGCAUGGGCAGAAACAUGUACCAUAGACUGGCUACUUUUACUCCACACAGCCUGCAUUUCCCGAUGCUUCCAUCGUGAGGAGGAUAUUUGAGGCAUAUUGCCCUAACAGAAGGGCAGUCUCUCUCUCUCCUGCAGCCAAGUUUUAAUGGCAGAUUUUCACGUAUCGCUUCCUUUGCCAUUUGUUGUCUGAUUUCUCUUUUGGGAGGGAGGUUUGAGCAUUCACAAAACCCUGAUUAUUUUGGUUUCAAAACCACACACACACACACACGAUAAUAUAUUCCAUAGUCAUGGGGGGGGGGUUAUGGUUCAGUACAAGUACAGAAAGAUGUGGUGGUUAACAAAUUUUUAGCCACUUUUUAAGUUUCAGCUAUGCCCUGGUAUUUAGUACAGAAAAAGAUCUGUGUGUACCUAUCUAGGCGGAAUUUCACUCUAGUGGACUGUGCUGGUCUCUAACUUCACUCUUUGAUAAAUAUACCCCAAAGAUGUGGUGGUUGUUAACUGCGCAUUUUUUUUAUUUUUUUUUGCCACUUUUUAAGUUUCAGCCCUGCCCUGGUAUUUAGUACAGAGAAAGGUCUGUAUGUACCUCUCUAGAGAGAAGUCGCUGGGAAGUAAUUAGGCACACGGCAUGGCAUUUUUAUGGCAGGUAACAGUGACUGAAUGUUUCCCAUUCCCCACAUCCACAGUACAGGGCUGUAUUUAUAUACAUGUGUUGUAUAUAUAAUUACCUUUUA